AUGGUAUGCUCCACACGAUCCAUGACUCUGGAAACUUUUGCGGAAGAUAAAUCUGUUGGUGGAAAUAGCUCGAACUACGACUCACCAAACCUAAGACUAAGACGAAGACCCUCGUCAUCACAUCCUAAACCGACCGAUCAGAUAAUAGAUGAGGAUGAAGGCCUCUCUCUCAAGGUCGAUCAUUUUUUGUUAGAGCUCGGUCGCCGGCUAGAUUAUCUAGAAUCUUAUGGGAAUCUCAACCUAGAUUCUGGUAUAUCAAGAGCAUAUGCCACAUUACAGGCCGUCCGGGCCCGUUGCUCCCAUGUUUCUGGAGAAGUAAUUUGUGCCGGACGAAAGAGAGCGAAAAUAAUUGUGGAAACAAUAGAAUCAAGAUAUCAAAAUACACUAGCCGUCAAGGAGACCCUUCAUGAUAGAGUUCAUGACGGCAUUGGGUUCCUGGAAGUGAUUUUAUCUGAUUUUGAAAAAACAGCCCACAAAAUGAAAGAGCAAGGCUUUGCUAGCGCUGCAGGAACUUUGAUGGAUGGUGGUCGGAGAGUUGUAGACGAAGGUAUAGAACGGGCUAAGAAAGCUGCCGAGUCUGUUGAAAUUCAUGUCCAAGCAGCUAUCAUACGAGCGAAAGAGCACGGCCUCAUUCGCUAUGAAGAUUUACCAGUACCAUGGCGAGUGAAUCCGCAUAUCACCAAAGGCUAUCGAUUCACUGAAUCAAAGUUGGAGUGUCUACGCUCAAUGUUUGACAUAUCUAACGAAAGUGUUAAUAUUUGGUCUCACGCUAUUGGAUUAUUGAUCGUCCUCUCGAUUGCACUCUACUACUACCCUACUAGUGCCAACUUCUCGAUGAGCACUAAAACCGACAUCUUUAUCGCUGCAGCUUUCUUUUUCGCCGCCUGCAAGUGUCUAGUUUGUAGUACAUUAUGGCAUACUAUGAAUAGCGUGGCUGAUCAAAAUCUAAUGGAGCGAUUCGCAUGUGUUGAUUACACAGGUAUCUCUUUACUUAUUGCCGCCUCGAUCAUGACCACUGAGUAUACGGCUUUUUACUGUGAGCCUGUAAGUCAAUGGAUCUACUUGUCUUUAACUGCCCUCCUUGGAAUUGGUGGUGUCAUUCUACCCUGGCAUCCGACAUUCAAUCGGGCAGAGUUAGCGUGGGCUAGAGUGGCAUUUUAUAUGAGCCUAGGUGCAACUGGUCUUGCACCAGCUUGUCAAUUGCUACUCACUCGUGGAAGCGUCUGGGCUUGGGAAUUCUACGCUCCCAUUACCAAGAGUCUUUUGGUAUAUACAGUUGGAGCAUUUGUAUAUGCUAGCCAGAUUCCUGAGAAAUGGUACCCAGGCGCCUUUGACUAUGUUGGGGGAAGCCACAACCUCUGGCACUGUGCUGUAUUGAUCGGAAUUCUAUUUCACUACGUUGCAAUGCAGGAAUUUUUCUCUCGUGCCUUUGAGCAAGCAAGUAAUGGCUGUAGCGUCUCUUAA